AUGGAUCCGUUCAGCAUUCCUAUAACACCGGUUGCCGCCCCCCACAUCGAGGUCGAUCCGUCCCUACGUACCGUCACACAGGGUGAUGCUAUCGAUGCCCCGGUUCCAGAGGUUUUCCGAUCCAUCGGUUUUCAGUACGACUGGAAUCUUCCGCUUCCUUUUUGGAAUUACCUCGGGAGAAUUGUCGCCAAGGGUGUCUUUAACGACCAACUCGAGCUUGAGAAUCUCAACUGUUCUGCGGUGGGCCGACGAGAGUUCGUUGCUUACACGACGUCUGCGUGGAAGGCCGCUGUAGAAGCACGGAAAGCGGCGGGCGAGGCCGAGCGACCACCACUUAACGUCAUCGAGGUGAAGUUUAAGAAGCCGCAGCCGGGACAACCAAUCGAGAUGACUUGGACCCCUGCGAGAGCGCUAAUUUCCACUAGAGUCGCGAGGAUGAAGCGAUGUGGGUUGAAGACUUGGCCAUCUUCCCGAAGACGAAACUAA